UCCAGAACCGGCAUCAGACCGCAUCCACAACCAGACAACCGAGACCCGGAGAACGCACACUGCAGGAUGUAUGGAGGCGUGGCAGCGCGGAUCCCGCAGACCUGGACCCGAGCUGGCGGUCUGGGCUCGGUCCAGCAGGCCGUACGGUCCCUGAACCAGGACUUCCAGGUCUUGAAGGAGGAGUGUCUGCAGAACGGGUCCCUGUUCCAGGACCCAAUGUUCCCUGCAGAACCUGCCUCACUGGGCUUCAAAGAACUUGGACCCUUCACCGCCAAAACCAGAGGCGUGGAGUGGAAGAGACCAACGGAGCUGACAGCGGACCCUCAGUUCAUCGUGGGCGGAGCCACCAGGACGGACAUCUGCCAGGGAGCACUGGGUGACUGCUGGCUGCUUGCUGCCAUCGGCUCUCUGACUCUGAACGAACACCUGCUGCAUCGUGUGGUUCCUCACGGUCAGAGCUUCACACACCAGUACGCCGGUAUCUUCCACUUCCAGUUCUGGCAGUUCGGUGAGUGGGUGGACGUGGUGAUCGACGACCGGCUGCCCGUCAAAGAUGGAGAGCUGAUGUUCGUCCACUCGGCCGAGGGCAGCGAGUUCUGGAGCGCCCUGCUGGAGAAGGCCUACGCCAAGUUGAACGGGUCGUAUGAAGCUCUGUCUGGCGGCAGCACCACUGAGGCGUUUGAGGAUUUUACUGGCGGCGUGUCAGAGAUGUAUGAGCUGAAGAAAGCUCCCAGAGAUCUUCAUCGGAUCAUCAGUAAAGCUCUGCAGAGAGGCUCGCUGCUCGGCUGCUCCAUCGAUAUCAGCAGCGCCUUCGACAUGGAGGCCGUGACCUUCAAGAAGCUGGUGAAAGGCCACGCCUACUCGGUGACCGCCCUUACACAGGUGGAGUACCGCGGAAAGCAGGAGCGUCUCAUCCGGAUCCGGAACCCCUGGGGGCAGGUGGAGUGGACCGGCGCCUGGAGCGACAACUCGUCCGAGUGGAACGCCGUCGACUCCGCGGAGAAAGAUGAGAUGCUGUGUAAGAUGGAGGACGGAGAGUUCUGGAUGUCAUUCCAGGAGUUCCUGCGUCAGUUCUCACGGUUGGAGAUCUGUAAUCUGACUCCGGACGCUCUGAGUCUGGACCACACCAGCUUCUGGACCACCACCAUGUUCGAGGGCAGCUGGAGGAGGGGCAGCACCGCCGGGGGCUGCAGGAACCACCCCAACACCUUCUGGAUCAACCCUCAGUAUAAGAUCUCCCUGCUGGAGGAGGACGACGACCCCGAGGACGAGGAGGCAGCCUGCAGCUUCCUGGUGGCUCUGAUGCAGAAGGAUCGCCGCCGCUACCGACGCCACGGCCAGGACAUGCACACCAUCGGCUUCGCCAUCUACGAGAUUCCUGCUGAGUUCCGCGGUUGUCCUAGCGCCCACAUGAAGAAGGACUUCUUCCUGCGGCACUCGUCCUGCGCUCGAUCCGAGUCCUUCAUCAACCUGCGAGAGGUGAGCGCCAGGCUCCGCCUCCCGCCCGGCGAGUACCUGGUCGUCCCGUCGACCUUUGAGCCAUCCAAGGAGGCCGACUUCGUCCUGAGGGUUUUCACCGAGAAACAGUCGGAGACCCAGGAGAUGGACGACAGCGUGGUGGCGAACCUGGACGAAGACGAGGAGCUCUCAGAAAGCGACAUCGACGACUCCUUCAGGUCCAUGUUCGCUCAGCUGUCCGGAGACGACAUGGAGAUCUCAGUGCGAGAGCUCAGAACCAUCCUCAACAGAGUCGUGUCAAAACACAGAGACCUGCAGACGGACGGCUUCAGUAUGGAGUCCUGCAGAACCAUGGUCAGCCUCAUGGACAAAGACGGCAGCGCUCGACUCGGCCUGCUGGAGUUUCAGAUCCUCUGGAACAAGAUCAGGAAGUGGCUGGGCAUCUUCAGAGAGUUUGAUCUGGAUAAAUCCGGCUGCAUGAACUCCUACGAGAUGCGCCUGGCGUUGGAAAAUGGCGGCUUCAAGCUGAACAACAAACUGUACCAGAUGCUGGUCGCUCGAUACGCCGACAACGAGAUCAUCGACUUCGACAACUUCACCUGCUGCCUGGUCAAGCUGGAGGCCAUGUUCAAGGCCUUCCAGCAGCUCGACAGCGACGCAACGGGAUCCGUGGAGAUGAACAUCGGAGAGGUACAGCCAUGAAGCGUCUGUAAAUAUACAAGAAGUCUGUCAUUCGGGGAACAAAUCUGCGUAAAUGACAGAACUAAAAGUUCCUUUACUGGUAAUUAUGUCUACUUUUAAAAACACAUUGACAGAAUUAAACUUUAAGUUUCAUCUCUGAAAUUAAAAAAGUGAAUGUUUGUGAAAUGACGACCCGCUCCGUGGUCCACAGCUCAGCGUCUCCGUUGUGUCUCCUCAGUGGCUCUGUGUGACCAUGUGUGGCUGAAGCAGCGCCGCCUCCACACCUGAUGACCCACCUGCCUGCUGCACCUGCUGCUACUACUGUACUACUACUGCUACUACUAUUACUACUACUGUACUACUACUAC